CAGCCCUUGAAGAAAAAGAAAGAAAAAAUGUAUGGAAGAUGCCCUACAAUCUGACCCCAAAAUUUCUUCAUGGUAAUCGCCUCCGUGCCUGCUCUUCAGUUCAUCACUUCCGGGUUUGCGGCAUUUGUCUCUAAGCACAAUGCUUCGCGUGAUGUCUCCAAAGAAAAUCAAGAAGGGCAGGCUGCUACCCCUGCACCAGCUGUUCCAUAUUCACCGGCUCCUAGUCCUAGUACAAGAAGAACAAGAGCCGGAUUCUCUGAAACCUUUUCAACUCAUGAUUUGGGAUCAUUGAAUUUGGAAGAGACAGUCAUAGAUGACUGUUCUCCUAGACCAGUUCCAGUAAAUGACUUCCCAAGACGCUUAGAAUCUGGAGCAUCAACUCCCAAGGCAAGCACUGCAGACUCGGAUGGAAGAGCCAGUGGUGCUUCAGACUCGGAAGGAAAACUCAACACCGUCAACAGCCCCUUUCGUGGUUUCUUCAAAAUGUUGAGAAUAGGACCCCAAACCUUCCCUCAGAUGAAGAAUCCAGCAAAACCAAAACUCACAAGACGGAAAAGUAAACGAAUAAGAGAAGACUUCAUUCCAACACUAAACAGUCCCAGUCUGAGGCCUACUUUGGAUGCUGAACUGUACUGCUUUAAAUCUUCCUGGAAGAACUACUCACUCUCUGAGCUCCAAGAUGCAACCAACAACUUUGACAUUGAGAACUUGAUUGGGGAGGGGGGCUAUGCUGAAGUAUACAAGGGAAUCUUGGAGGAUGGGCAGAUUGUUGCAAUUAAACGUCUGAUUAGAGGUAAUCCUGAAGAAAUGACAGCAGACUUCUUAUCUGAGCUUGGUGUUAUAGUUCAUGUUGACCACCCCAACAUAGCAAAAGUAAUUGGAUAUGGGGUUGAAGGAGGGAUGCAUCUUGUUCUUGAUUUGUCUCCCCAUGGAAGCCUAGCAUCUAUACUUUAUGGUCCCAGAGAGAUGCUAAAUUGGGGUAUCAGAUAUAAAGUAGCUUUAGGGACUGCUAAGGGCCUUGUGUAUCUUCAUGAGGGGUGCCAGAGAAGAAUCAUACACAAAGACAUUAAGGCUUCUAAUAUAUUGCUUGCAGAGGAUUUUGAGCCUCAGAUCUCUGAUUUUGGACUUGCAAAGUGGCUUCCAGAUCAAUGGACUCACCACAUUGUAUCAAAAUUUGAAGGCACAUUUGGCUACCUUCCCCCUGAGUUCUUCAUGCAUGGCAUAGUAGAUGAAAAAACUGAUGUCUACGCUUAUGGAGUACUAAUAUUAGAGCUCAUCACUGGCCGGCAAGCUUUGGAUAGCUCACAUAAAAGCCUUGUCAUGUGGGCCAAACCUUUACUCAUGAGAAAUAAUGUGAAAGAGCUAGCUGAUCCGAGCCUUGCUGACGGCUACAACAUGGAACAAAUGAAAUGUCUUGCCUCGAUAGCUUCAAUGUGUCUACAGCAGUCCUCAGUAAAUCGACCACAAAUGAGGCAGAUUGUCCAGGUUUUAGAAGGUGAUCAAGAGAGUUUGGAUCUUGUAAAGAAACGACAGAAGUCUAAAAAGCUUCAGAGAACAUAUUCUGAGGAGCUCUUAGAUGCAGAUGAGUACAACUCCACCAAGUAUUUAACUGAUACGGAUAAGCGUCUCGACUUUGAUUUAGGCCGCAGUACUGAGGUGUGAAUUUUUCUGUUGAAGAAUCGAUGAAGAGUUUAGUUUGAAUUCAAAAUGCAGAAGCUAAUCUGUUUAAAACCAGGAGAACAUAUCAACGUGCAAGACAAUGUUAUGUAAGCAUUGUAAAUUUGUAAUUACUUGUAAUGAAAGUAAUUGGAUGAAGAAAAAGGAUGGUGUUUGAGUGACAUACUGACAAUUUUAGUGAUGUAAAGAUUGGCUUAAGAAGAUGAGCGCUUAUCUGCAAUUCUCAUUUUCAUUUACCAGAGGUCUGUACUAUAAGU